AUGGAUGGCGGAGGCGGCGGCGCAACGAUCGGAAAAGUCCGGCUCGAACCAGUCGAAACUGCCGGCGGUUCUGGAGCUUUCCGAUCGGGAUUUUGGGUGGUUCAAGAUCGGGGCUUCACGACUAGUCGAACGGGACCGGUCUCGAAGGCUGGGGUGGUCGGAUGUGGCGGCGGGGUGGCUGUUUCCGUUCGGGUGAACAGUGACGAGGGAGAGAGUUCGCGGGAGAGAGAGAAGACGCACGGGAGAGAGAGAGAAGGUGAGUUUGAUCACUCGGAUUCAAGCCUACCGCCUGUCUACGAAUUCAUCUCAGAGCCACCUACGCAACCAAACCACCCGUGGCCCAAAAAUCCUUCAAAUAAGAAAAUGACCAAAUUACCCUCAUCGUAA